AUGCCAGGCAUCGGUGCUCGACGGUGUGGCGUCCUUUUUGCGGCGGCACUCGGCCUGCUCCUGACAUCACCAGUGUCGGCGGCGCCGGCGGUCUUGGACGCCCCCGCGGAGUCCUGCGACUGGCGACACUCGGACGGCUCGACACAGGACAUCCGACUGACGUGUCGAGCCAGGACCAUCAGUGACGACGUGGAUUCCUCGUCGAAGUUCUCCGUCGACGGCGUGUCUCCGACUUCAGUGACCCAACUUUCCAUCGCCUGCUCCGACGUCUUGUUCUUCCAGUCCAGUCUGCGCAACGACAGUUUCUCGUCAAUGCCGAAUCUCAGGUCACUCGACAUCGAGUUCUGCAAACUCAACUCCCUGCCUGCUGCUGCUUUCAAAACGUUGUCAAAGUUGAAAGAACUCAGUUUGCAAACGCACAACACCGAAUGGUCCGCCAUGUCGUUGACCAUCUCUCCCACAACUUUCGACUCUCUCAAGUCCCUGGAAGUCCUGGAACUGAGUCGGAACAACAUUUGGGAACUGCCCAGGGGUGUUUUCUGUUCUCUGAAUCGACUCAAGACUCUGAAUUUGACCACGAAUCGCCUGCAAGACGUCUACGACCUGGGUUUCAACACCAGUCGCAAGACCUGCGCUUCCGAACUCACCAAAUUAGACGUCUCCGGAAACGAAAUCGAGUCUCUGCCCGAUGACAGUUUCCGUGGACUGUCCCAACUGAGGCACUUGUACAUCCAGGGCAAUGGGAUCGCGAUGGUGAGCGACAAUGCCUUUGCAGGACUGUCUAGUUUGCAAGUGUUGAACGUCUCUAGCAACAAACUAGUCGCCUUACCACCCAGGGUUUUCCGUCAUUCUAAAAACCUAGAGCAGAUCUACGCCUUCAACAACUCCAUCUCUGUCCUGGCACCGGGUCUCUUCGAUGGCCUAACCCAUUUAAAAGUGCUGGACUUGUCACACAAUGACCUGAGCAGUGAAUGGCUCAAGGCAGACACGUUCAAAGACCUGACCAGACUAGUGGUGUUGUCUCUGUCGCACAACAGACUCACCGAGUUCAAGAACCACAUGGUCUCUAGUUUGUACGUCCUGCAAAUCCUGAGGUUGGACUACAACCAGAUCUCGUUCAUUGGACCCGGAGCAUUUUCCGCGCUGUAUAAUUUGCACACUCUGGUGUUGAGUCACAACAGCAUCAUGCAGUUGGAUGCACAUCACAUGCAGGGUCUCCAUGCCCUGAUGUUGCUGGACCUGGACCACAACCAACUGACAUCCCUGCAUCCUGACACCUUCAACAACAGUUCCCAGUUGCAGGACCUGAAUUUAAGCGGCAAUGCCUUGAACCAUGUUCCCAAGGCGUUGCAGGAGUUGAAUUUCCUGAAGACUCUGGACCUGGGGCAGAAUAACAUCAGUGACUUGUCAGGGGAUCCUUUCAAAGGACUGAGUCAGUUGUAUGGCCUGAGACUCAUCAAUAACUCGAUCGGGGACCUGAGUGCGGAGAUGUUCAAGUCCUUGCCGAUGUUGAAGAUUCUCAAUUUGGCGCACAACAGGAUCACUUCGAUUGCUGAGGGAACACUGGACCAGAAUCAAGAACUGCAGGCUGUGCGUCUCGAUGGCAACUUCAUCAGAGACAUCAACGGUGUGUUCACUAACCUGGAGAAGCUGAUUUGGCUGAAUGUGUCCGACAACUACAUCGAAUGGUUCGACUAUGCCAUUAUUCCGAGAAGUCUAGAAUGGCUGGACAUACACAAAAAUCAAAUCAGAGAGUUGGGCAACUAUUACGGAAUGGAGAACCAGUUGAAAUUGACCACGCUCGAGGCGAGUUUCAACAAGAUCAGCGAAAUCAGCGGGAAAAAUUUGCCCAACAGUCUCCAGCUCUUGUUCCUCAACGACAAUGCCAUUCGAAACAUCGCACCUUACACGUUUUUCGACAAGACCAACUUGACACGGGCUUACCUUUAUGCGAAUCAGUUGACGACCCUGGAUUUGAGUGCGUUGCAAUUGUCGCCCAGGGAUGGUACCGAGGCGCCACCCGAGUUUUACAUCGGUGGUAACCCGUUCCAGUGCGACUGUAAAAUGGAAUGGCUGCAAAGAAUCGGCAGUUUGGAGCACUUGCCUCAGGUGAUGGACUUGGACGGGGUUUAUUGUCAUUUGUUGUUCAAUCGGCAACGCAGCUUCGUGCCGCUCGUCGAAGUCGACAGUUCGCAGUUUUUGUGCACUUAUCACACCCACUGCUUCGCCAUUUGUCACUGUUGCGACUUUGACGCGUGUGACUGUGAGAUGACGUGUCCGAACAACUGCACUUGUUACCAUGACCAGUCGUGGACGUCGAAUAUCGUCGACUGCACUCGAGCUGGGUACAAAAGUGUUCCGGAAAGGAUCCCCAUGGACGCCACGGAAGUGUACUUGGACGGAAACGACAUUUACACUCUCAAGUCGCACUUGUUCAUCGGUCGCAAGAACAUGAGGGUCUUGUACAUGAACAGCAGCAACAUCGUGUCCAUUUCCAACGGCACUUUCAACGGGUUGCGUAACCUGAAAACCCUGCACUUGGAGAACAACAACAUGAAAGAACUGCACGGGUUCGAGUUCGAAGGCCUGGAGAAUUUGCGGGAACUCUUUUUGCACGACAACGAGUUGGCAGUGCUCAACGAAUCCGUGUUCCAGCCGCUGAGUGGCCUGGAAAUCCUCACUUUGCGGAACAACAGACUCACCACGUUCCCGGUGUGGAACCUGAUGACGACCAGUCCGUAUUUGGUACAGGUUGCCCUGGCUGGCAACCCGUGGUCGUGCGAGUGCGAACACGUGGCCCAGUUUGCGGGAUGGAUCGACUCGAACCGGAAGAAGAUCGGGGAUGUGUCGGAAGUUCACUGCGUCCGGAACUCGAGCGUCGUGGCGGUGGUUGGCGGCAACUUGACGCAUUGUGGCGGUGAAACGCAGCCCGUGGUGGUGGUGCAACCCGCAGCCUUGCACGUGCAUCUUCCGCUCAUGAUAGCCGCCGUUUGUCUCUUCGUGGCGGCGUUUGUCUGCACUUUUCUCGUCUUCCGAUUCCGCAAGGAAUUGCGAGUGUGGACGUUCACCAACUGCGGCCUGCGGAUCUGCCAGAGCCCCGCCUACGAAGGCGACUCGGAGCGGCUUUUCGACGCCUUCGUCACGUACAGCUCGAAAGACGAAGUGUUUGUCACGCAAAUGCUGGCCCCCGAGCUGGAACAGGGCAGUCCUCACUAUCGCCUCUGUCUCCACUACCGGGACUUUCCCGUGUCUGCCUACUUGGCAGACACCAUCAUCGAGGCCGUGGACUCCUCCAAACGCACCCUCCUGGUCCUCUCGCACAACUUCCUCCAAAGCGAGUGGUCCCGAUUCGAAUUCAAGUCCGCGUUGCACCAGGCGUUGAGAGACCGUCGGAAGCGACUAGUCGUCAUCGUGUUGGGCGACGUGCCGCAGAGGGACCUGGACCCGGACUUGCGGCUCUACCUCAAGACCAGCACGUGUCUGUAUUGGGACGAGAAGUCCUUUUGGGAGAAGCUCCGGUUCGCGAUGCCGGACGUGAAGCAGCAGCCCAACAGUGGUGGUGGUGGUGGUGGUAAUAAUGGAGGCGGAGUCGGUGGCAACGCCGCGCACCAGCUGCACCAUCAUCACCAUCAUCAUUACCACAAUGGCGGCGGUGGUGGUGGAGGAGUAGGAGGAGGAGGUGGUGUUGGUGGGGGUGUUGGUGUUGGCGGAGGGGUCGUGAUGGACAGUGUGUCGACUAGUGGGACUCUGGUGUCGAAUGGGCGCGUGAGCAAUUGUCCCACGUAUGCGGAGCAUACUUAUGCGACGCCCAAGUUUGACACCUACGGGCACCACCACUUGCACCAUGUGCACCACGGGCACCACACUCUCAACAAUGGGCUCUUGUGGCGUCCGCAGCCGCCUGACCCGGCCACCAUUGGUAUUCAUCAGUCAUGA